GUAUUUCUCACCCUUAUCCGAAAAAUCCGAGGGUAAUUUGGGUUCAAAACCUGCCUCGAAAAGAGAUCGAACCUCCAUGAUCAGACCUUGAUUAGGGUUUCCUCGGUCCGAUCCCCCUGAAAUUCAUCAUCGAAUCGAAUCCAUUUUCACUAUCAUUUCGAGCUUUGAUCUGGUUUUCCGAGCUCGAUCUCCAUUGCCGAUCCGAGAUUUUCGGGGGAUGCGGCGCGAAGAUCGUGGCGCCUGAGUUCGUUCCGGGGGGGUACGACGACGAUGAGGGGCUCCUCGUGUCCGGAAGAUGGCGAUACGCCUUCGACCUCGAGCUCUUCGCAAUCCCAAAGGCAGCAGACGCGCCCGCCUCGAGCUUCUUCCGGGCAGCCGACGAGCCAGCGGAGCAGUGGCAAUGUCUUUAAACUCUUAGCACGAAGAGAGGUCUCUCCACAAUCAAAACAUUCUUUAAAGAAGUUUUGGGGAGAAGCCUCAGAGUGUCAGCUCUAUCCCUUCCAGCAAAGUCGUGAAGCAGUAAGAGAUGUAAGGCGAAGUCUCAUCUCAUGGGUAGAGGCAUUCUCGCUGCAACAUUUGUCUGCCAAAUAUUGUCCCUUUGUGCCUCCUCCAAGAUCUACGAUUGCUGCAGCCUUUAGCCCUGAUGGAAAAAUACUCGCUUCUACACAUGGAGAUCAUACCGUCAAACUUAUUGACUCUCAGAUGGGGAGUUGCUUAAAGGUGUUAAGGGGUCAUAGGAGGACACCGUGGGUGGUAAGGUUUCACCCCUUGUACCCAGAGAUCAUAGCAAGUGGCAGUUUGGAUCAUGAAGUUCGCCUGUGGGAUGCAAAUACUGCAGAGUGCAUAGGAUCUCGCAAUUUUUAUCGUCCUAUUGCAUCCAUUGCAUUCCACGCCCAAGGAGAACUUCUUGCUGUUGCAUCUGGUCACAAGUUGUACAUUUGGCACUACAAUAGAAGUGGAGAGACAUCAUCACCAACUAUUGUUUUGAGGACACCGCGAUCUCUUAGGGCUGUGCAUUUCCAUCCGCAUGCAGCUCCAUUUCUUUUAACAGCUGAGGUCAAUGACCUUGAUUUGACAGAUACAGCUAUGACCCUUGCAACUUCUCCUGGUUAUUUGCACUACCCUCCUCCUACUGUAUAUCUUGCAGAUGCUCAUUCUAAUGAAAGAUCUAGGUUGGCGGAUGAACUGCCUCUCAUGCCUUUACCAUUAUUGAUGUGGCCUUCCUUUGCUAGAGAUGAUGGAAGAGCACCCUUGCCGCACACAGAUGGGGAUGUUGGUCUUAGUGAACAGCAGAGGGUAGACUCAUCUUCUUCAGAGCGCCUUGUGGCAUAUUCAAUGCCAUCAGGGCAGUAUGAACUCCAUCUGUCUCCAAUUGAACCUAGCAGCUCUCCUUCCAUGCAUGAAGAGACGGGAACUAAUCCUUACUCUAGUGUAAGGGAAUCUGAAGUAACUCAAUCUGCAAUGAACAGUGUGCAUAAUAUGGAAGUGCAAUCUGAAGAGAGAAGUAAUCAUAUUUUCUCUUUUAGCGACCCAAGAUUUUGGGAGCUGCCUUCAAUGUAUGGAUGGUUAGUUGGUCAGACCCCAGCUGGUCCUCAAACUGCACCAAGUCCUGGAGCUCUUGAAACUUCACGUGCCUUUGGUGAGGUCACAAGUGUUUCACCUAUCAGAUCUGAACCUAUGCCAAGUGGCGUGGACCAUUCCCGGCUUGGUGGAAGAUCUGGGUCUAGAUAUUGCUCUUCUGGGUCUCGGGUGAUGCACUCAGCUGGACUUAAUGAUCGCCCACAUGAUGAGAACUAUCCUCAAUCUGUUGUUAGUAAACUUAGGUCUGAACUUCAAGCCUUGCUGGCUGCAGCAGCAUCCACAGAGUUGCCAUGCACGGUGAAGCUUAGAGUAUGGCCAUAUGACAUGAAAGAUCCUUGUGCACCUCUUCAUUCAGAAAGUUGCCGCUUAACUAUUCCUCAUGCAGUUCUAUGCAGUGAAAUGGGUGCCCACUUUUCUCCUUGUGGCAGAUUCUUAGCUGCCUGUGUUGCAUGUGUGUUGCCUCAGUUGGAAGUUGAUCCUGGAUUACACAGCCAGGUUGAUCCCGAUGUCACUGGUGUGGCAACCUCACCUACUAGACACCCUGUUUCUGCUUAUCAAAUCAUGUAUGAGCUUCGGAUUUAUUCCUUAGAAGAGGCAACAUUUGGAAUGGUGCUUGCAUCACGACCUGUAAGAGCUGCUCAUUGUUUAACCUCCAUUCAGUUCUCUCCAACAUCUGAACACUUGUUGCUCGCAUAUGGCCGUCGGCAUAAUUCGCUUCUUAAAAGUAUUGUCAUUGAUGGAGAGAAUACAGUGCCUAUUUACACUAUAUUGGAGGUCUACAGAGUUUCUGAUAUGGAACUUGUGAGAGUUCUUCCUAGUGCGGAAGAUGAAGUAAAUGUUGCAUGCUUUCACCCUUCAGUUGGAGGUGGCCUGGUAUAUGGAACUAAGGAAGGGAAGUUAAGGAUUCUCCAUUAUGAAAGUUCUGGUGGCUUGAAUCCAAAAUCAUCUGGUUUUCUUGAUGAAAACAUGGCAGAGGUUCCAACAUAUGCUUUAGAAUGCUAGUAGCCUGGAAGCGCAACAUGCUUGUGAAAUUAACUGCUCAACCCUGAAGGUUGUGGCUUGAGUGCAGUUGUAUCUGUUUUUCCACGACUGUAAACCCUUAGCCAUACCGUGAGGUCCUCAUUUGAUUACUUGUCAAAUGUAGUUAUGUAUCAUUCUUUGCUAUUUGUGAGAGAUGUCUUCCACUUCCAAGAGCCUUGGAAAGUUGAUCUAACUUGGAAGUAGAUGUGUUAGUGCAAGAUGUCUCUGGAUUUAUGUUAAAUGUGUAUGUCUGUUUUGAUCCCACUGACUAUUGUAUAGGGGGGAAAAAGGAAGUGUUUAAUUAAUGGACUUCAAGAUUUGCCUGUUUUCUGUUCUUUCUCAUCAUUGUAAGGAUGUUGUUUAUAAAUCAAAUGUAAAGUAUUCUUCUCUGA